AGGGCAUAUUCCCUUGUGGAUUCCAGUCAAGUGUCUACCUUCCUGAUUUCUAUUCUCCUCAUAGUCUACGGCAGUUUCAGGUCUCUCAACAUGGACUUUGAAAAUCAAGACAAAGAGAAAGACAGUAGCAGCACAGCUGGGUCUUUUAAUGGCAACAGCACCAAUAACAGUAUUCAAACCAUUGAUUCCACCCAGGCGUUGUUCCUGCCAAUUGGAGCAUCUGUGUCUCUCCUAGUUAUGUUCUUCUUCUUUGAUUCAGUUCAGGUUGUCUUCACAAUAUGCACAGCAGUCCUUGCCACAAUAGCUUUUGCUUUCCUUCUGCUCCCGAUGUGCCAGUACUUAACACGGCCUUGUUCACCUCAAAACAAGAUUUCCUUUGGCUGCUGUGGGCGUUUCACUGCUGCUGAGUUGCUCUCAUUCUCUCUGUCUGUGAUGCUUGUCCUUAUCUGGGUCCUAACUGGCCACUGGCUCCUUAUGGAUGCUCUGGCUAUGGGCCUGUGUGUUGCAAUGAUAGCCUUUGUUCGGCUGCCGAGCCUGAAGGUUUCCUGCUUGUUACUCUCUGGGUUACUAAUUUAUGAUGUCUUUUGGGUCUUUUUUUCUGCCUACAUUUUUAACAGCAAUGUUAUGGUGAAAGUGGCCACACAACCAGCUGAUAACCCCCUUGAUGUUUUAUCCCGGAAACUUCACCUGGGACCAAAUGUGGGUAGAGAUGUUCCCCGUCUGUCGCUGCCUGGUAAACUUGUAUUUCCAAGUUCCACAGGCAGCCACUUCUCUAUGCUAGGAAUUGGAGAUAUUGUGAUGCCAGGUCUUCUGCUCUGCUUUGUCCUGCGUUAUGAUAACUACAAAAAGCAAGCCAACAGUGAUUCCUGUGGUGCCCCAGGACCAGGGAACAUCUCUGGACGGAUGCAGAAGGUCUCUUACUUUCACUGCACACUUAUUGGAUAUUUUGUAGGUCUAUUAACAGCAACAGUAGCUUCUCGUAUUCACCGGGCAGCCCAGCCUGCCCUACUCUAUUUGGUACCAUUUACUUUAUUGCCGCUCCUCACCAUGGCCUAUUUAAAGGGUGACCUACGUCGCAUGUGGUCUGAGCCUUUCCACUCUAAGUCCAGCAGCUCCCGUUUCCUGGAAGUAUGAUGGAACAGAUAGAAAGUGACCUGAACUUCUGCCUUGGUCCUUUUCACUUUAACUUGUGGCUUUGUUGUCUCCUAAAGCUGGACUGGCUGGUACUUGGGAAGGUACCAGUUAUGGGACUUGUAUGAAAGGACUUAGUAUGAAAAGGAGGAGAAGGAAAAAAGCUAAGAUCUUGGAGCUCUGUGUGACUCCGUGUCUCCCUGCAGAUGUGGAAUUGGGGACCCUUUGUGCAACUGCAGUCACUUUCCUCUUUUCCUCACUCGGAUGGAUUAGUACCAGACUAUUACCUUUGUGAGAGAGGAAGAGACAGACUUGAAACUGAAAACGGCUUGAAGUCGUUCAAAAACUUAUGAACACUAAAAGAAUAAACGGUUAAGCAAACUGAAGCUUCUUCAGAGAACCCCUUGUGGACAUUGGGACCAGUUUCCUGCUGGACUUCAGUUUUGAAAAGAACUGAGACAGAAGGUCUUCUGUCACAAUAUUGGGUUUUUUUGAUUUAUUAAAUAUUUCCUGUGGUGUGAGGUUACUUAUUAA